AUGGAUCGUGCAAAGAAACGUUUAGCAUCAGCAUUUGAUGGUUUUAGGAAUCAGCAUAAAACGGAAAUGGAACUAAAAGAGAAGAUAACUACGGAAGAUGUUUGCUUGACAGAAGUCGUAAGGCACGGAUUUCCAGACGAUCCUCGAUGUAUGGCCUACGAUACCGUGCAACGAUUGUUAGCCAUAGGCACGGGGCACGGAGUAAUCAGAGUUAUCGGAGGUGUUGGGGUGGAUUAUUGCCUGAAACAUGAAUCAAAUGCUGCUGUGCUUCAUAUACAAUUCUUGAUGAAUGAAAUAUAACCAUACCGCAUAUUUCUCUUUGUCAUUGCAAAAAAUGACAGUAUGUCAAAAGAUUAUUUCCUUCUCGAUCGUCAUGAAAUUUUAAUAAAGCAUAAAACAGCUGCUUUUCAGUGUGAAGUGACUACUGGAGCAUUAGUUACUGCAUGCCGUGAUGACCUGGUACAUUUGUGGAACUUUCGGCAAAAGGUACCAGUGGUGUUACACAGUAUACAAUUAACGAAGGAGCAAGUUACUUGUAUCAAUCAUUCUUUCCAAAGUAAAUGGCUAUAUUUGGGAACCGAACGUGGCAAUGUGUAUUUUGUUAAUAUAGCAACGUUUACCUUAUCUAACUACGCCAUCAACUGGAACAAAGCCAUUGAUUUGGGUGUCCGUACUCAUCCUGGUAGUGUAAAAGCUAUUUCUACCUGUCCUACUGAACUUUCUAAAUUAUUGCUUCUAUAUGAAAAAGGGAAUGUUGUAUUAUGGAAUCUUCAAACGAAGGAAGCAGAUAGGUUCAUAUCUGAUCAACCAGCCCGUUGCUUUGCAUGGCACCAUGAUGGCCGACAAUUUAUGUGUGGUACUGCAGAUGGAUCUCUUUUGGUUUGGAAUAUCCGAAAGCCAGGGGAAUAUACGCAAAAACUGCAACCUCAUGGGCAAAAAUGUAAUCCUAUUAAUCAGGUUGAUUGGAAGCACUCAGCAGAUGGAGAACAGUUAAUCAUUUUUAGUGGCGGCAUGUCGGAGGAAGAUGGUAUAUUACCUACUUUGACCAUAAUGAGAGCAUCAAAAUCAGUUACAGUUCUGGAAUUAGAUCAUCCGUUGAUCACCUUUGCAUCUCUAAAUACUUCCCCUUAUAGCAAUGUAUCACAGCAACCAUCUGCUGCUGCAGUACUUACGAAACAUGACUUGCUUGUUAUCGAUCUUACUACUCCAGGUUAUCCGUGCCAUGAAAAUGUUAGUCCCAUGGAUAUUCAUGAAUCACGGGUACAAUGCAUAUCCUAUUUUUCCGACUGUCCUCUUGAUUUACUUGGUGCUCUAGCACUUGUUGGUUCGAAACAGCGACGUCAAGGAUUCAGUGAUAAGCCAUGGCCAAUCACAGGUGGAAGUAGUCGCGACUGUGCAAUGGGUCAUCAAGAAUUAUUACUUACGGGCCAUGAAGAUGGGUCGAUAAAAUUCUGGCAGGCAUCGGGUGAGCAUCUGCAAAUUUUGUAUAAAUUAAAAAGUGGGCGACAUUUCGAGCGAAAUGAUGGGAUCGAAUUUUGUGAAGCAUCGCAAGCCGUUACGAUGAUUAAAUUAUGUCUGGAUUCUCGAUUGCUGCUAGUUGCUGGACAAAGUGGACAGUUGACAUUGUUUCGUUUUGUGAAAACCGAGAACUCUCAUGAGAUUACUGUAAUUCAUAUUCCAUCGGCAUUUUCUUUCUUAUCGAGCAGCGUGGAAUCGGCUAAAGGACCUUCUUCAAAGAGAGAAUUGAAGAGGCAAGGAACGGUAGUUUCAGUGGAAUCAAAUAGUACAGAUACCAGUGAGAAUAGCACACAUGAUGGUUACUUUCCAUUGAAAGUACGAGGUGGUGCGCUCAAAAGACCCGCAGGUUAUCAGCCAGAUUUGGUAUGCAUGGUUCCAUGGAGGAAUGUGUCACAACCGGAGGCAAUCACAGCGAUGGCUGUUAAUUCAGCAUACGGCAUUAUUGCUCUCGGUACAUCAGCAAGUUUAACUCUGGUUGAUUUAAUGCAAUGUAUUAUAAUAUGUUCUUGGUCGGUCGCUGAUCUAUGCGUUCAGCAGCCUUCAACACCAAUAUUGCUUAGUCAGAGCAGCAACUCAAGCCAAAAUGAUCCAUUCAUCGUACCACCGCAGGAACAAGAAACUUCCACAACAAGUGUUUCCGUACAAUUACCUUUGGAGAUGGAUGUCCGGGGACACUUUAGUUAA